UCCAAUGAGGAAUGUGUUCACCAUUGCGAUCGACAACGAUGUUGCUCGGCAACUAGACUGCGUCCGCGCAACCGGAGCGGCAAGAACAGUGUGCGGCAGGAGGACAGAUAAAUUCUUCAAGAGGAUGGUUGGCUCUACCCCAGAUUUAGGGGUUCUGUGUUUGGAGUCCCGUGGAAUACCAUUGACCCCAAGGCCCCAGACAACACCCUCAUGGCGCAAUUGCAAUAGUCGAACAUCACUGCAAUCAGCUUCUGGUUCAUUGUGCUCUGACCAUGAUGUAAGUUGCUCCAUUGCAAAAAUUGCACACAUUCUUGCUCAGAGAGCCAAGGAAAAGCAAAAUGACUUGAGAAGAGCUUUCGAAACUUAUGACAAAGUUCGGAAUCUGACGGUCACAAAAGGCGAAUUCCGCAAAGUGAUUGAAAGAUUUUUGCUGCCUCUUAAUCCAAAACAAUUUCAAGAUCUACUUGCAAGGAUUCCAAUCAACAGUGAUGAAACGGUACCUUACAUGGUAUUUUUGGAGAAAUUUUGUUCAUCUCAUGAAUCCUGUGUAAGAAGAGCAAGCAGCAGGAGCAGUUCCAUUAUCUCCAAUUGCAAUUUGACAUUAAAGCAAGUUGAGAAUCACCUCAGAGAAAAGAUCUUCAAUAAUGUAAAAAAUCUCCUAAGAGCCUUUAAGUUAUUUGAUUAUAACAAGGAUGAGCACAUUCAGUGCUAUGAACUUCGAAGAGUUCUUGAGAGUUAUUGUCUUCGAUUAACAGAUUCUCAGUUUGAAAGGCUUUGUUCUCGAUACAACCUUUCUCGGACUGGAACAGUGAAUUACGUGCAGUUUCUACAAAAGCUGGGCAUCCAUGUUGAAUCCUCAAACAAAUGCAGUAAAGAAUGUGUGGCACAAGCAAUGAACUGGGAAAAUGGUGUUCAAAAACAAGAAAAAAAACCAAAAUUGCAACAACAAGUGACUGAGGAGCCCCCCAUAAAUUCAAAAAGUUUAUCCAUGGAUGAAAUUUAUUCUACUUUUCAAAAAAAGUUGCACUCCAAUUAUCAUGAGUUGUUGCAAGCAUUUUCAACUUCUGAUGUGACCAAAAGUGGCUUAGUCUCAAUGGAAGAGCUCCAGACAAUUUUCAACAAUGUUUUAUUUUCAAUGAGUAAAGAAGUCUUUGAUCACAUAAUGGGCAGGUAUAAAAUUGAAACUAAUGGCAAAGUAGCAUGGAAACAAUUUUUACUGACCCGUUCAGAGUCACAGCCAUUGGAGGACAAAUGGGCAUUAUCAAAGCAUCAACCAAAUCAUAUCCCUUCGCAGGUUGAGAGUACGACUGUUAUCCAGGAAACUCCAAGGUCUCCUGCGUGUGGUUCACAUAAAUCUGGAGCAAAGUUGGACUUGUCAUCUUGUCACAGUUUGACUCAUACUGGAGAAAUGUUUGGGAACAAAAAGGUUAUGGAUGUUGUCCUGAAGCUUCAUAAAUAUUUCCAGGAGAGAUACCCUGCCUUGGAGGAGGAGAAAUGCAAAGACUUAAUAGCUAGACAAGAACUACGUCAAAUUCUACAGCAUUUCCCCUUUCGUCUAACUGAUGAGGAGAUUAAAACAUUUAUGUUAUUGCUGGAUCCACAACACAGUGGCUAUUUUCAUUAUAACCAACUUAUGGAACUUAUUGAAGGAAAAAAGAACCAAAGUUCUUUGAAUGGAACUAAAACUGUCAAGAAGCAUACUCCUGCAGCAGCAAUAUGGAAAACUGUAGAAGAUAUUCUGUGUGACAAAAUUAGACACAAUUGGGAUGAAAUACAAAAGUCUUUUAUGAUGAAUGAUCCUGAAAGAACUGGUACAAUUAGCCUUGCUAAAUUGCGAAAGAUCCUGGAAACCCACUGUCUUAGUAUUUCUGACCAGCACCUUGAGAAAUUGUGCAAGCAGCAACAGAACAACAGCGUACAAGUUUCAUAUCAGCAGUUCCUGGAAAACCUUGGGGUGACUGACAUGCCUAAGAUCAACAGCACAGAGGCACCUGUGCUCAAUCAAAAGAGGCUCAUAAAGAAAGAAAAUGAGGAUUCCAUGUUUUGCAAGAAGAUGACUUUGAACGAAGUGAAAUCAGAGCUUUGGGAACGUAUUAUCUAUUGUGACAGUAACAUUAGAAAAAGUUUCCUUACCCAUAAAAACCAAUGUACUGGCAAAAUCAACAAGGAAGGAUUCAAAAAGGUGCUACAAGAUUGUGGCAUAAUCAUGGACGAACAUCAGUUGAACAUUCUGGCUAAUGUACUGGGAUUCACGAAUCAAGACUUGGAUUUCCAUGACUUCUCUGAACACUUCAAAGAUUACACUACUGCAAAUCCAGAUGUUGCAAUAAAACAAUCUUCCAGUAAAGGGGCUGACUGGAAAAUGAGACGCAUGAUUGCUGAUGAUUGUUUUAAUUACAUCUUUGAAAAAGUGAAACAUUCAUCUUUGGAUUUACAGGUAUUGUUUGACCAAUUAGACCGUAACCACGAUGGAUUAAUUACGAUGUACGACUUCCGUACUCUGCUUGAUGACUUUCCACUUACAGUCACAACAACCGAGUAUCAUCGAUUUUUAGAGAUGUUGGGACUUCUACCCGAGUCAAAACUAACAUAUUUGGAAUUCCUUAAGAUAAUUAGGAUAAUAGAGUCCAAGCAAGAUCAGCGUUGGAAUAAAUCAGCCCACAACUCAAGAGAGGACACAGAUAACACUUACCUGAUUUGUGAGCAGGCCCAUGAUCACUUAUCUAAUAAAGCAAAAACAAAAUGGCAUGAGAUGAACAAGGCCUUUAAUCAGAUUGAUUCUGAAGGUAACCCUAUUGUGCAAAAGAGGGAUAUAAAGGAGCUUUUAUGCCGGCCCUGUAUGCCAAUUUCACCCAAACAAUUUGAAACACUUUGGUCCUGGUAUGAUCCUGAUAAUAAAGGUUUUGUGACUUACUUUGAGUUCCUGCAGAAGCUCAGGAGUAGAUUUGGAUCACAAAUCCAGUCAGACAGAAAACAAAUUGUUCCAGAGACCAAAAACAACUUAAAGGACAGUUCUGAACAACACCAGGUCUAUGCAGAUAGCAUCCAAAAACAGAGACUUCAUACAGGCAAAUUUAAUAUCAAAGAAUUACAAAAACAGCUCAAAGCUAUGUUCAGGGAUCACCACAAGGGUUUUAAUGAAACCUUUUCUAAACUAGACAAAUGUAAUGAUGGCUGCAUAACGAUAAGUGAUUUCCAGAGUGUACUGAAGGAUCAUAACUACCAAUUGGGACAAGAACAACUCAAACAACUCCUGGUCAGGUUGGAAAUUCCACUGUAUAACAGCAAGUUUUCAUAUUCUCAUCUCUUGCGGGCCAUUGAGGGUAUUGAAGACAAGUCUUUAAAGUGUGGGUCAAAACUUACGUUGAUUCCACAUGAAAACAUUGAAACCCCAUCUCCAGAAAAAGUGAUCACUAGACUAAAGGGGGUUGUCCUCAAAUCCUAUGGGGCAUUGUUUAAGGCUGCAGAGGUACCAGAUGGAGAAGCGGCUAGACCAAAAUCAUCACAGCAGUUAACAAUGAAUGACAUUACGUCCCAUGUACGAGAGGUUGUCAAUAAGUGCCUCUAUACCAUUACUCAAGAAUUUGAAGACAUUGAUUAUGCAAAUAUAAAAGUUAUUUCCAAGAAAAACUUUAAAGAAAUAUUUUUCAAGCACUUCAUGAGUCUCACAGAUGAACAGUUUGAAAACCUGUGGAAUCAAUUACCGGUCAACGAGUAUGGGAAUCUGGAAUAUCACAAAUUUUUGAAGCAAUUCACUGGUCAGGAAUUACUUGACAUGAACAGUAGUCGAGCAUCAUCAGGAACCAAACUGUCAACAUCUAGAAGUGCAAGUAGAUCUUCAAGUUCUCGGAGUUGUAAAACAGCAUCUGCCAUUCUGGGCAAUGAAAAGCCAAUGGAGUUUUCACAACAGUCGGCCUCCUUAGCUUCAUCAAUGAACUGUGAGGCAAUUGAGCAGAGGCUGAAGAAAUAUAUUAAACUUUUCUGGAAGGAGAUACAAAAAGAAUGCAUUGAAAAAGACACUGAGAAACAGGGUGAAGUUGAAGCUACUGCUUUUCAGGCUGUAAUGAAAAAGUUCUGCAUACCUAUUAAACCAGAAGAGUUUCAGCAGUUGGCCAAAAAGUAUGAAACUAAGAAUGUGGGUCAUUUUGCAUACAGUGAAUUUCUUCAGCACCUCAUCUUAUCACUGGGAAAACUGGACACAAAUCCACUGCAGAGAAUGAGGAUCCCUCAUCCAAAGAUCCCGAUGAGCCCCGGAAUGCAACAUGAGACACUUACUCAAUUAAUGAUGCGGAUUCAGCCAUGCAUCACAAAAUGUUGGAAGCUUAUGCGUCGAACUUUUAAAGCCUAUGAUGAGACAGGGAGUGGCUACCUCUCACUUUUUCUGUUUCGACAGGUCCUGCAGCAGUACGGUAUUAAACUAUCUGAGGAGGAAUUUUACUACCUGUCGUCCUAUUAUGACAAGCAUCUACAGGGAACAAUCUCAUAUAAUGAAUUUCUGCAUGUAUUCCUCUGAUUACUCUGUUUCAACGUUCAUUUUGGAAUUUUAAAAGGAAAUAUGACAUCUAUUUUCUAAUGGUAAAGGUAUUUUCUAAACUCUCAAAUGUAUAGUUAUUUUAGAAGCAUCCUAUUUUUUUUAAAUUCUCCUAUUGUUAUUGAUUGAAAGUGAAUAAAAGGCAAAGUAAAGUUACAAAAACACCACUGAUAUAUCCAGUCACAUAAAUCUAUAUUUAAUAAUAAUGUAUUAUUAUUGUAAUGCAUUACAAAGGUAAAUUUUUGAGGAAUUCAUUAGUUACAAAAUGUCACUGGCAGAAACAGUUAAAACAUUUCCCAGUUAUGUAACCGGAAAAUAAACCAUCUUGAGAUUGACAAAAUUAUAUGUGAUGAUGGAGUAGUUAUUCCAUGGUCCCAUCCCAAGAGUUACUGGCUCUCAAUGUGUUGUCACCAUUUCUAAGUAUUUGUGAAAGCAUAUGUGAUACUUUGCUUUUUUGGCUUUUGCCAUAUGAUCCUACUUCAUCUAUUGACCAUUUUCAGCAUUUUAUAGUUUCAGUUCUAUAGCCUCAGUAGUUACGUUUUUCUGCUUUCUCUGAUGAGCCAGUAUACUUUAAUGGAAUUAGCAGAUUAAACCAAAUACAGCCACAGUGGGCACAUUUCUUGGACUGAAAACUGGGAAAACUGUACAAGUUUGUUUUACCCCUUUGGACUCCAUAUCAGCAUCAGCAAUUUUGCUGAGGGAGUGAGGCUAAGUACCACUGUCAGGGGCAAAAAAUUACUCGUUUAUAGUUCAGAGUUUAUAGCACUAAGCAGAUUAUCCAGGUAUCCCAUUAUAUGUCCAUGGUCAUGGUUCUUUCAUUUGAAGAUGUCUAAUUAUUUAAUCUUUCCAUAAAAUCAAAAUAGAAAAUUAAGUUUGUUUUAUCUAUUUUAACCCAAGGAACAACAUUUCCAUUAAAAUUCUAUCUACUUGAUAAAUCCACUGAAACUGUUAGUCCUAGGAAAGAGAAUUUAUGAAGUAAAUGUCCUUUUUCCACUCUGCACAUGAAGACACCAAGUACAGGUCCUUCCCAGGUUAUGGCACGGUUGCGUUCCUCCAAGUCAUUUGUAACCCUAACUGUUUGUGCUGUGUAAAUGUAGCCUAGCAGGAGAUAUCUAGAGCUGCACAGCAGCCAAUAAGUCCAUUUUGAAGAUCUCAUUCAUGCGUACAGGCUCCGUAUAAGUUGGGUGAUCUUAAUUCAAAAAAAAGCAAAGCGAAAUAAUUUUAAGAGGAUGAUUGAGUACUACGCCAUCUGGUGGAAAUCAGUCAUCUUGAAAAAGAUCUUUUAUAAUUCGCACCAGCAGUUUUGGAGAUAUGACCAUAAGAUAUAGGAGCAGAAUUAGGCUAUUUGACCCAUUUCAUCAUGGCUGAUCCAUUUUUCCUCUCAGCCCCAAUCUCCUGCCUUCUCUUUAGAUCCCUUCAUGCCCUGACCAAUCAAGAAUCUAAUAAGAAGGUAAACCUGUUGUCAGUACAGAUCAGGCAUUAAAUUUGCUCACUGAAUCUGUACCUAGUGCAAGUGCUAGAAAUCCCAAUAAAAAGCUUUCAGUGCCAUUCACAAUUCCUCAGUCCAAACAAUUAAAACCUGCAUGCAGCAAAAUUGAAUGAUAGUCAGUCUUGGAGUGGUAAGUGGUAAAUAAUUUGCCUGCCAGUAGUGAUCACCUCUAACUAGUGAAGGUAUUAACAUUUCCUUUAUACUUAUGAUCAUCAUUGACUGGAAAUUG